UGCGCCACACACAAGAUGGCGGCGCCCGCCCGCCCUCGCGAGAGCGUGGGAGCGGCCCCGCUGCGAACGUCACAUCCGGGCGCUGGGCCGCUGGCGAGCGGCGGCAGCCAGCGCGGCGCGGGCCCGGCCGGCACCAUGGCGGCGCCGGCGGCGGGCGGCGGCAGGAGCGGCACCGGCGGCAGCACCGCCGACUGGGGCGGCUUCGAGGACAACAUGCAGGGUGGCGGCUCCGCCGUCAUCGACAUGGAGAACAUGGACGACACGUCGGGCUCCAGCUUCGAGGACAUGGGGGAGAUGCACCAGCGCAUGAAGGAGGAGGAGGAGGAGGAGGCGGAGGGCGAGGCGGGGGCCGCCGAGGAGGAGGACGGGGAGUUCCUGGGCAUGAAGGGGCUGCGGGGGCAGCUGGGCCGGCAGGUGGCUGACCAGAUGUGGCAGGUGGGGAAGCGGCAGGCCUCCAGGGCCUUCAGCCUCUACGCCAACAUCGACAUCCUCCGGCCAUACUUCGACGUGGAGCCCGUCCAAGUGCGAGCCAGACUGCUGGAGUCCAUGAUUCCUGUGAAGAUGAUUAAUUUCCCACAGAAGAUUGCAGGCGAGCUGUAUGGACCCCUCAUGCUGGUUUUCACACUUGUGGCCAUCCUUUUGCACGGGAUGAAGACCUCAGACACCAUAAUUAGGGAAGGCACACUGAUGGGCACAGCCAUUGGCACUUGCUUCGGUUACUGGUUGGGCGUCUCCUCUUUCAUCUAUUUCCUGGCAUAUCUGUGCAAUGCCCAAAUCACGAUGGUGCAGAUGCUGUCACUGUUGGGCUAUGGUCUUUUUGGACACUGCAUCACUCUUCUUGUCACCUAUAACAUCCACUUCCACUCCCUCUUCUAUAUCUUCUGGUUGGUUGUUGGUGGACUCUCUACGCUACGAAUGGUUGCUGUGUUGGUAUCGCGCACCGUGGGGCAUACCCAGCGGCUCAUCCUGUGUGGGACCCUUGCUGCUCUGCAUAUGCUUUUCCUCCUUUAUCUGCACUUUGCUUAUCACAAGGUGGUGGAAGGUAUCCUGGACACAUUGGAAGGACCCAACAUGCCACCCUUUCAGAGAGUUGCCCGAGACAUUCCAGUUGUUUCCAAUGCUGUAUUGAACACAACAGCCAAAGCAGUUGCAUUGACCCUGUAGUUUCACGGACUUGGACUUGCUUCCUUCACUACUUUUGGGGCUGUGUAGGGCGAUGAUAACCUGCUGCCUCUUAGGAACAGGACAGAACAGUAGGAAGAAGACUGGUUUUGUUUUGCUGGAGCUGUCCUUUCAGUUGCAGUUUUGGACAGCUGAGCAGACUGCACCUCAGUGACUCAGAAGAACUACGUUCUUCCCUCACCCAGGUCUGGGUUGUCUUGAGUAGAGUGGUUCUGUUGCCUGCAUGUUUAGCUGGGAUUUCCCAGUGCGGUUUGUCCCUUGCUGCUUGCUGAUGUAACCCCAGGGGCAUCUGCCCUGUUCCUGUCCUGAAGAGGGAAGAAUUAAAUUGAUGUUGGUGCUGA